GUAACUGUACAGUACAUAUAUAUACCCUCUCGUUCGUUGUGAAGGUCAAGGCAACCCCCAGCUGGCAGCUUGAUCAAUAAGACACGACGAUAGGCGUUCGUCGAACCCCAGCCGCUGAGCGCCGUCGCCACAUCUCCGACAUGGACCAUCCACCUCACCACGCUUUAUACCCAACAGCUAUGCCAGCACCCCACCCGCAAGCCUUUCCAACAUUUCCAAAAGCUAUGCCAACACCCCACCGGCCAUCCUUUCCAACGUUGCUCAAGAUCGCUUACAACCCCCACAAUACUACAAGAGACGGCUUGUAUCUCGUCGACGAGCAAUAUUACCCCCUGUACGUUUUUGGUGAGGUCGAACUUCCCGGCAAGUGGGCGCCUAUAUGGAGAAUGAGCAAAAUCGUCGAUGCGUAUGACUGGGGACAGGGCAAACAAUUCCUUGCCAAGAUGCCGCCGGAAGGAGCCACAAAGCCGUUGUACGACCUGAGGCCGCAAAAGGGGUGGGAUAUGUUCAAGGUGGGAUGGGUGUUCAAGGAUGUUUCGACCGGGGAGAAGAUGGAGUUUGUCGCGGACAAGGAAGCUAACUUUGGGCGUGUUCAGCCCUUGAGCGUACCUUUCAAACUCAAAGACGGCUCGCAAUGGCAUCUGCAAGAAUCUUACAACCAGGCGGAAGCACGUUUCACCAUAUCGUGUCGACAUCCGAAGGACGGCAGCUUGACCCCGGUCAUUCAAAUGCAUAAGAAUUUUGGAUACGCCAUCCAUAAGGGCAGCACCUGGGGAACCUUGACGGUAAUGAGACCGGAAUGGAUACCCUCGAUGGAGGCUUACGAUCUUCUGGUGUUGUCGGGUCUUUACUCUAUGGAUACAGAUGUUCCCCACAAUUUGACUGCGUGGAUUCCGUCGCUGGAAGCGGCCAUCGGAAAUCGGUAAAAGACGCAAUGUCGGUUGACUGUAUC